UCGGUUUUUCAAAAAUAUUAAAUUACCGGAAGUGCAGUUCGUUCGGAAAAAUCCAAAAUGGCGUGGCAGCCCGAAGAAAGUGGACUAGGACAAAUUUUACAACUGUUAAAGGAGUCUCAAUCACCUGAUAAUGCCACUCAGAGAGCAGUUCAACUUAAACUGGAAGAAUUGAACAAAUUUCCAGACUUCAAUAACUACCUGAUAUUUGUCCUUACAAAGUUAAAAAAUGAAGAUGACCCAACUAGGUCACUCAGUGGUUUAAUCCUGAAGAACAAUGUGAGAGCCCAUUUUGAGAAAUUCCCGCCUGAAGUAGCAUCCUUCAUAAAGUCAGAAUGUUUGAACAGUAUUGGCGACCCUUCGCCACUGAUCAGAGCUACCAUUGGUAUACUUAUAACAACUAUUGUGGCAAAAGGAGACCUCCGUAACUGGCCUGAAUUGCUGCCGGCGUUAUGUCAGUGCUUAGACUCUGAUGACUACAGUGUUUGUGAGGGAGCAUUUGGAGCAUUACAGAAGAUAUGUGAAGACUCCGCAGAGGCCCUGGACAAUGACCCAAGCAGACCCCUUAAUGUCCUUAUACCUAAAUUUCUACAGUUCUUCAAACAGCCAAGUCCCAAAAUCAGGUCCCAUGCUAUUGCAUGUGUGAACCAGUUUAUCAUCGGCAGAACCCAAGCUCUGAUGGUGCACAUUGAUGCUUUCAUAGAGAAUUUGUUUUACCUUGCGUCUGACGAGGACACAGAAGUGAGGAAGAAUGUUUGUCGCGCUCUAGUCAUGUUGGUUGAGGUCCGAAUGGACCGUCUGAUGCCGCACAUCAACAGUAUCAUAGAAUACAUGAUGAUGAGAACGACAGAUGAAGAUGAUACUGUAGCACUGGAAGCCUGCGAGUUCUGGUUGUCACUUGCUGAACAACCGAUAUGUAAGGAGGUACUCACAGCACAUAUAGAGAAACUUGUACCUAUACUUGUGAAGGGAAUGAAGUACAGUGAGAUUGAUAUCAUCCUGCUGAAGGGAGAUGUUGAAGAAGACGAGAUGAUACCGGACAAAGAAUCAGAUAUCAAACCCAGAUUCCACAGAGCUAAAUCACACACCCACAAACACCAAGAUGGAGAGGAGGGAGGUGGUGGUGAUGGAGACUCUGAUGAUGAUGGAAUGGAUGAUGAUGACAGUUUGUCAGACUGGAACCUAAGGAAGUGUUCAGCAGCAGCCUUGGAUGUCCUAGCCAAUGUAUUUCGAGAGGACAUCUUACCUAUACUGCUGCCUAUACUCAAAGAAAUCCUCUUCCACCAGAACUGGGAGAUCAAGGAGUCUGGUAUCUUAGUUCUUGGUGCAAUUGCUGAGGGCUGUAUGAACGGAAUGAUACCCCAUCUACCAGAGCUGAUCCCAUACCUGAUUGGGUGUUUGUCAGACAAGAAAGCUCUCGUUAGGUCAAUAACAUGCUGGACUCUGAGCAGAUAUGCACACUGGGUGGUUGGACAGCCACAUGAUAUGUAUCUUAAACCUCUCAUGACUGAGCUACUGAAACGGGUUUUAGAUGGCAACAAGCGUGUACAGGAAGCAGCAUGCUCCGCUUUCGCUACCCUGGAGGAAGAGGCGUGCACAGAACUUGUACCAUAUCUAGGAUUUAUUUUAGAAACUUUAGUCUUCGCAUUUAGCAAAUACCAGCACAAAAACCUGUUGAUCCUGUAUGAUGCCAUAGGAACGUUGGCAGAUUCUGUCGGACACCACCUCAAUAAACCAGAGUAUGUGAGUAUGCUGAUGCCACCACUGAUAGACAAAUGGAAUGUUCUCAAAGAUGAAGACAAGGAUCUCUUUCCUUUACUAGAGUGUCUGUCUAGUGUAGCUACAGCUCUACAGUCUGGCUUCCUGCCAUAUUGUGAACCAGUCUACAGACGAUGUGUAUCCCUGGUGGAACAAACACUUAGUCAAAACUUGGCUAGUAUGCAGAACCCUGAACAGUUUGAUCCACCAGACAAAGACUUUAUGAUUGUAGCUCUAGAUCUACUUAGUGGACUAGCCGAGGGCUUGAAUCAACAUAUAGAAAGUUUAGUGUCCGACAGUAAUAUACUAAAGCUGCUGUACCAGUGUAUGCAGGAUCCUAUGCCAGAAGUGAGACAGAGUUCAUUUGCACUGCUAGGUGAUCUAACAAAAGCUUGUUUCAUGCAUGUGAAACAAUGUAUAGGUGACUUUAUGCCAAUACUAGGACAUAACUUAAAUCCAGAAUACAUAUCUGUGUGCAAUAAUGCCACCUGGGCAAUAGGAGAGAUCUCUAUAAAAAUGGGUGCAGACAUGAAGGAGUAUAUACCCGUUGUGGUAGGAAAUCUCAUAGAAAUUAUCAACAGACCUAAUACACCCAAAACUCUUCUCGAAAAUACAGCAAUUACGAUUGGUCGCCUUGGUCUCGUGUGCCCUGCAGAAGUAGCGCCUAAUUUACAGCAAUUUAUUCGUCAGUGGUGUACCUCGCUACGUAAUAUACGUGACAAUGAGGAGAAGGACUCAGCUUUCCGUGGAGUGUGUCACAUGAUCAGUGUAAACCCAGGAGGUGUAGUGCAGGAUUUCAUUUUCUUCUGUGAUGCUGUAGCAUCAUGGGUACAUCCAAAACAAGACCUUAAAGAAAUGUUUUACAAGAUCCUGCAUGGAUUCAAAGACCAGGUAGGGGAGGAAAACUGGAAGAAGUUCUCAGAUCAAUUCCCAGUACCUCUACGUGAACGCCUUGCUGUCCAAUAUGGGGUGUGACCCCGCUUUUAUAAUGGUCUUGGGGUAUUUCUGGGCAUCCUCUUAAUUGGGCGGGAGGCGGGAGGGAUUCACUCCAGUAAAGCCUACAUCGGGUCCUAGAGGGCCGGUCAUCGCGUUGGGAGGGCGGGAGGGAGCAGAGGAAAGGGCCUCUGUUGCUACUUAGCUCCAAGGGAACAGGGGGUACUAUCGCGGGACCGUCAUAACUUAACUUCGCGCAUGGGUGGGACGCGUCACAGGGUGGGAACCAUUUUUUUACCAUCACAAGAAGAGAUUCAUCAGUUGGCUCACUCUUACUACAAAGGAUAUAUUGACAAAUAACGAGACAUUCUGCUGAGAAAAAAGCCACGUUCAUCAGUGACAUCUGAAAACGUUUGUACUCCCAGAGUGAAGGAUUCUGACAUUUACUAGACAAAGAAUUUCCUGGAACGAAUGGGCCAGAAUCAGCAAGCCAGCAUGACUAUUUUGUCAUUUCCAGAUACUAUUGGCUUUUUGAAUAACAAAGUCUCAUUUUUUGCCAUUUUCAAUAGGAGAUAAUUUAUUGAUCUGAUUUCGCGAUGGGGAGGUCACGCGAAGGGGGAAAACUUUUUACGCGAUGGGUUAAUCCGCGAAUUCUUUUAGGGAAUGUUUUAUGGGAAAUAAGGGUCAGGGUAAAACAUCACAUCAGUUAAAUAUCUCCUUUGAAAAUGGUUUUUGUACAAUGGAUACAUUUGUGAUAUUUUAAGUGCAGUGACUAUUUGUAAAAAUACCUCUAUUUUAUAAUGGUAAUGUAAGAGAAAAUACAAAAAUGAACUUCAUAUUGUAGCAAGCUCAUUUCUGAGUUGUAAAGUUCAGAUAAUGGUAGUCCUAAUAAAUAUCUUUUAUUUUUGGGAGGAAAGGUGACCAUUUAUUCAGUAAUUUAAUAAAGAGCACAUAUUAAUUUGUCAAAGUAAACAAAGGCAGUUUCAUUAUGGAAUACCUAUUUCAUUUGCACUUCUAAUUAAAAAUUGAAUGUAUCCAUAGUACCAUCUUCAUGUAUAGCAAAACUAUGUAGCACUCCUGUACAUUUCUAUUGUACAUGUCUGUCGUAUUGCAUUCUCUUUGGUAAUACACAUGUACACAUAUAUAAUCAGCUUCAAGUAUUAUAAAUGCCUCAAAAUUAGUAUUUUCAGUAACCAUGAAUUUUUUGGCUUUCUUAAGGAAUGUUUCAAAGUGAAGUGAUGAUAUUUCAUAGAUGUUUUACUCUCACAGAUUAUACUCUCAGAUGAGAGAUUAUAACACUAUAAUAGCCUGUUUACCCUUAAUUUCUCUUACCUUUUUACACAUGAAAAAUAUGUAGACAUUGGCAGAAUUAUUCAUGUUGCAAAAUGAAGAUGAUUAUGUCACUAAAGAAGUUCUAUUCUUUUGACAGUAAGUUGUUCUUCAUAAUUAAAAACCUCGGACUGCAAUUUCAGAAGCUAUAUGAUUAUGCUGACAGUCAUUGGUUAAAAAUCAUUGACCUUGUGAACUUACAUUAACGUUGUAACUUCAAUCAGUAAUUCAGUUCCUAAAUUCGCUUUGCUAUCCCUGUAUACCAUGUGGCGUCUUAUGUUAAGGUUCCAUUACGAAAUGUACGUAACGCGAGAAGUGGUGCGACUGCUUGCCGUUACUUGGGAGGUGAGAGGCGCAGUAGUGUGCACGAUGGAGUUAUUCUUGUUCUUUAUGAACAGUUGGCUGGUAUCAUUUAUACAACUAUGAUAUUAUUGUAUGCAUUAAACUGAGAUUAAAAAAAUAUAAGGGAAUAGAAAUUUGUAUUUGAAGUUUGAUUUUUUUUUCUAUGUAGAAAAUCUUUAUUAAAAAUAAACAACAACAAAAAUGCCCAAAGCAGUAACAAGUUGACUAAGACACAGAAAAUUAAUGAAAAACUUCCCAAAAGUUACAAAUCUAAAAUUUCAAUUCCCUGUCCAUAGCUGACAAUGUAUGAUCAUUCGAUGUAAAGACUUGCUGUAUCUAUGUACAUAAUUUGACAGCUGUGGAUUUUUUUUUUAUAGAUUUUAUUGCGGUUUACACUCUGAGCUCCAAGUUAAUGUUAUACAUGUUUUCUUGUUACCAUGGGAAUAGGUAUGUGUGUGCAGAUUGGGUUUUAAGUCUUUCAUAUUUUAUUUUAGUGCUGAAAAAGUUUGUCUUUGUCUUUCUCUUUUUGUCGUUUUGCAGUAUAUUUCGAUUUGCAUUAGAAGGAGGAAGGUAGUUAAGCCAAUUUUCACAAGAGUAUGAUGGUAGUUUGGCAUCAGAAUUUUCUUUUAAGAUAAAAAGUUUAUCAGGCUAAUGUUUGUUUUCAAGUUUCACCUGAUAAGUUAUUACAGGGUUGAAAAUGGGAUGUUUUGUAAGUAAUAUUUUGUUGGUGGGACGGGGCAAGGUAUUUUAUAUUUGACAUUUAUAUAAAAAGAAAAUGACUUCAAUAGCUUGUUGUUUUAUUAAUUUAUUAAUUACAUUAUUUGUGGGUUAGUGUGUGUCAUUGAUAAUUUUUAUAUGAAUUUUUUAUAAGUAUGUACUUCAUAUAGUUUACGGAGCUCAGAGGAAAACCAGAUCGUUUUUUUUUUCCCGGCCUAUUUGAAUGUCCAGUAUGUGAUGGAGACCUAGUAAUAUCUGGGUCAUAGAGGCAGCAGAAAGGUCGUGGAAACAAAUAAUUUAGCACACCAAACUUGAACUGCAUCAUGUCAAAUGGUUCCAAAUCGUAAAAUAAUUACUGAUGUCAAAGGAUGUAGUGAAAUAUAAAAAUGCAGAAGUGCCAAGCUGAGUAGUGAUUAGUUUGGACUCUUGAUUACUGUAGAAUGAAUAUAAUUCCUGAAACGUUUAUUAUGUUAAUUGACAGGUCUACAGACUUGCUCCACAUUUUUUAUGCCCCCGAGCAUAUAGCAAUUGAACUGAUCAUCUGUCUUACGUUUUGCCUGCAGCCCACACUAAUGACCUGAUUAAGUUCAUACUCGCACCCAGUAAUCCUUGUGACACCUACAAACUGACUUAUAUAUAGACGAUCUUGGCCUUCAUAUGAUCUUUAACCUUUUGCCUGCUGGUGGCAUUCGUGACCAGUUCAGACCCAGAUCAGCCUGCACAGUUCGCUAUUUAGUCAAUAAAUUUUCAGUGAACACCCUUCAGAUAAACAAGUGGUACUGCUCAAAUUGAAUGAUUGACUAGUCCAUUUUAGAAAUUUAGCAGGGUAAAGGUUAAAUUUUAACACAAAAAUCAACAUCUUUGGUCAUACACCCAGGGGCAUGAUUUUGCCUUUUAAAAAACGCAGCUCCUUGUAAGACUUGGAAUUUUUUGGCUAGGCAAUCUGAUGGUUUUGCAGAAUGUUAUCAGAAUCAACAACUGUUCGCGUUAAGGUAGCUCUGCAUUUAAUAAAUGGGAAGUAAUGACAUAACCUCGUUUAUCAGAAAAUGUAGAUAAAAAUCUGGAUUUUCCUGUAGACUAACAUGUAUCCCAUAGACUUACAUGCAUCCCAUAGACUUACAUGCAUCCCAUAGACUUACAUGCAUGAAAACUUACUUUAGGUCCAGAUGUUUUAAAAUGUUUACAUAUGACCCUAUCUUUUUUAUUUGCCGAAUUUUUUCUAGUAUGUCCUGAAGUUGAAAAAAAAAAAUCUUAUUUAAAUGAAAUUCUACAUGUAGGAAACUGGUAGAACUAGCUUAACAGGUCACAGUGUCAAUGAAAAUAUAUUCAUUCUACAGUAGUUAUAAUAGUUUUUUUCCAGAUGUAUUUUGGAUUUAUGAUAUUAACAAGAAAAUUGCACAUGCAAAAAAAAAAUGUUAUGUACUAUUUGUUUGAUGCAGUUCAUGUGUUUUUAUUAUUUUUUUUACUUUGUUGUGUCUAUUACACCUGUUUGCUGAAAUAGAUUAAAUUCCAGACACCCUGUGGAAAUUCAAAAAAAGAAAGAAAUGUUCAUGGAAAAUUAUGUUAUCAUUUCAGAUCUUCUAACCUAAGCUGUCUAAAUAUUUAACAGUUUUACUUUUUACCAUUUAAUAGGAAAAAAAUAGGUUUAAUGGAACGUAGAGAUGUUAAGCCACAAAGAUCUGUUAUGAUGUUGUUUGUUAUGGUAGGUAGGGAUAUUUCUAAGCUGUGAUUAAUCCUUGUGUGAUUUCAUAUUGUGAAUUUGUGAUUGUGUAUUAUACCAUUUACCGUUCAUUCAAAUAGCGGAAUUUUUGUUGGUGGUAACAUCCUUUGGAUAUAUUUUGUAUGUGCCAGAUACAUGUAGAAACUGAAUAGGUACAUCAAGUGGUUAAAUAGAUGAUUGUUAAAAGUUCUGAUUUACUGGUAAAAGCAAUGAUGAUAUCACUUCAAAGUAACAUUAUUAAAUUUUAACUGUAUCUGAUGAUAAAUUCAUUUAAAUUUUGUCUUUGUUGGCAGACAUCACAGUAUGUAAAUGGUAUAUCACACAGCAUAUUCAUGUUUUUUUUCUUUAAACACUGAUGUUGUUUUGUUUUUAUUGAGUUUGUUCCUUGUUUAAAGGCUCUAUUUUUUUUUAAUUUUAAGGGAUACUUGUGAUAAAGGAUUUCCCCUUUGUCAUUCUAGAAGGCCAUUAUAAAUUAACAGCUAGAUUUUCAUUGAAAUUUUCAAACAAUAAAAUCUGUAAAAAAAAUCUUUUGGAAUCAUAGAAUGCAGUCAAGCAAAAUAAUAGCAGCCUCGGUUUGAUUGAGUCUGUUCAUGAGAGGUAAUGGAAAGGUGCUACACCUGUCAUGCCCCAAAAUAUUGCAAAAAUGUGAUUUUUUAUUUGAAUGCAAUGAGAAUCUUAUAGUAAAUAGAUACAAAAUGGAAAAAGAAAUAGCGGAAAUGCCAUGUCCUAGUAAAAGUCAUAUCAAUUAUUAAGGUACCGGUAAUUCACAUUUUUCACAAUCAGAGAUAGGAGAUAAGGAAAAAACAAUCUAGCAAUAGAUUUAUAAUGGUCUAGGUUGCAGAUGUGUAUGAUAAAAGUACCAGUGAGGAUUUGUCCGAUUUUGUUUCUUGUUAACUUAUAGUGCUAAGAUAUAAAUAGCUUACAUAACAAAUGCUUACUAAAUUAUGAAGCCUGAAGUACUGGCUACCGGUUAGGCAUUCACAGACUUGUUUGUAAUGAUUUUAUCAGAAGCUUUUGCGGGAAAACAUUUUUCAUUCUGUUGCAUUGUUAAAACUUGUCAGUUUAUCAAAUAGAGAUAACUAGUAGUUCAUACUGACUGGCAUGACUCAUUUAAGCAUUUUAUGGCCUACAGACUUUAAAAUAUUUACAAUGGUGAGAACUGAAAAAAAAUACCGGAUUACAUUGUUUCCUUACAGAAUGUUUAUCUUGUGUAACAAAAGCUUUUUUUUGAAACAGAAUUAUUACUUUUGCUCAAAAACCUGAGGCUGAAUGUUGUUAAGUCAAAGAUAUUGAGAAAAUCAGACAUUUUUGCCAUAUUUAGGGCAUAUGGGAAUGGUUUUCGAAGUAAGCACAUGUAAGGACCACAAAUACUUUGACCAAUGGACCAGCUUCUUCCACAUAAUAUGGUCAUUUUGUGGUUGUGGUUGACUGCUGUACCCAUAUUAAAAAUUUCAGAUAUAAUUAAAAAGUAGGUUAAAAGUCAAAGGUUUUUCCAUACACAUACUCUUGACAUGUUAGUCAGGUAGUAUCUUCAGUAAUCAAUAAAUUACAAACUAUUGCAUGCAGUUUGAUAAAACAAUAGUUCUUAAAUGAAACAAACUUAUUAAAGAGAACUUAAGUUUUUAAGGUAGUUUUGGGCAAAAAUGAAACUUUUGCUUUUAACAUUUAGGAGAGACUUAGCUGAAAUACUACAUAGGAAGAAAACCCUUAGUGUUAUUGUGUUGUAAACGAUAUUUCAGAAAAAUAUUUAUUUGCACAGCUUUUCUGUAGUCAAGUAUUUUUAGAAUUUAAGUUUCUGAAAACUCACUGUACAGUGCAAUGGAAAAUUGCCAAUGUUUUUUUUUUAUUAUUGUAAAGUAAGAAAGUAAAGUAUAGGGUGUGUAAAAAGUUUAUUCCUUUUAAUGUCCUCUGUUUGACAAAGUAACCAUGAAAUGAGCAAAGGACAUGUAGAAUAUACUUAUUCAAAAACCAAGUCAGAGUAUUUAUGAUUUAUUUCUCACAUAGAACAUCUUGGUGAAAUCAGAUGUUGAUAUCAGAAAUUAGUGUUAAUUUUUAGCAUCAGGUUAUGUUAUCUGUGCAAAGAGCAGUAGAGCAGCCUGAUAUUUUAAGAUGUUUAUUCGAGGAAUAAAACUGUAUUUUAUCUUUGUAGAAAAGUUGUGAGUACUUUUAAUUCAGAUAUACUAGUUUUGCAUCUUACUGAGAGAUGUAAUAAGAACAGACUUUAUCCACACCCUGUAUGAAAUUAGAAUAAGUAUACAAUAAGUUCAACAUAUCAGUCAUGUUCAGUUUGUUUCUAGAUAUCCAUACAGUGUAAAUAUUAAGUUUUAACCCUGCAGGCAUGAAAUAAAAAAUCUUGUGUUACAAAA